CUUGACAGGUUCGCCCUUUUGAUGCGGGAGGGUCACAUCAAAGGACCCGUUGAUAUCGGGUUCAUCAAAGGACACCCAGGCAACUAUAUAGAGCCAGGGCCGGCAUGAGGAGCCAUCAGUUCAGUCUAGGACUAGCAAGCAGCAAGAAGCGCAUCGCUCUCUCUCUCUAUCUCUAUCUCUCUCUCUCUCUGCUAGCAAGAGGAGACAGGCGCACACUACUCGACACUGAGAAGAUGGAAUACCGCAGUUCUAUUUCCUUCAUGAGUGGCUUCUUUGUGAUUUUUUGGACUGUUUUUUGCAGCACGGAACCCAUUCCGUUCUCCAGAAUGGAACCCAGGGCGGCUCUCCUUGGCCUGUCCCGGGGGCCAAGUGGCAACAACGGAGACGCCAGCAGCAGUGGACCCGGUGCCGGCGUGCAGACCUCCAUGGUAUCGGGACUCGGAUACAAAAACGCCUACCACAGCCUCAGAUACCCCCUGUACAUGAUGCAGCUGUACCGCUCUUUCAAGACUGGGGACGGGACCAGGGCAACUGCCGCAGCAACCGCCAGUAGCAUUGAGGAGAACCCGGUGCUGCACGAAGCAGAUUCCGUCCUGAGCUUGAUUGCAAAAAGUUGCCAUCAAGUAGGUGACAAAUGGACCGUCACUUUCGACAUGUCUUCCAUUUCGGCCAACGAGGAUGUCCAGCUGUCCGAGCUGCGGAUCAGGAUCCCUCAUUUCUCCGCGUCCGGCAAGUUGUCUGUGGAGAUCUACCAUUCCCACGAUCGCAAGUGCGCUGGCGAGGAGGACGGACCCUGCCAGGACCGCCUCUUCCUCGGCAGCUUCGGCGCCUCGCCCACCGAUACCGACUCCGCCUGGAAGGUCUUCAACGUGACGGCCAUGCUGAAGUACUGGCUCCACCAAGGGGCGAGCUUCCCUAACGGGGCCCAGGCACCGGUUAGGGGAGAGUCCCACCCCGGGGAGCCCGACCAGGUGGACACCGCUGCCCCGGAGCACAGGCACAGGCUGCGGCACCAGGGAAGCCGGGGAAAGGUGCACCACAACACGGUGGACAGAGUCAUGAUGGUGGUCUUCUCCAAGCAGAACGAAUCCAGCUUCGCCGCGGGAGCCCCGACCCUCAUUCGCGCCGUGGAGCACUCCAAGUAUGUGGUGAUGGAUAAGGGCGUGGUGGGAGACAGCGGGCGCAGGCACAAGCGGAACCGCAAGGACCGGGAAAGAGUGAAGCUGGCGGGCAGCAUCGGAGACGGGGUCGCCUCCCCGGCUGAAGGGAACCUCAAGCCGCUCUGCAGGAAGGUGGACAUGUGGGUCGAUUUCGAGCAGAUAGGCUGGAACGACUGGAUCGUCUACCCCAAGAGGUACAACGCGUUCAGAUGCGAGGGGGACUGCCCCAGCCCUGUGGACGAGUCUUUCCAGCCCACAAACCACGCAUACAUGCAGAGUUUAUUGAAGUUGUACCAGCCGAGUCGAGUACCGUGCCCGUCUUGCGUCCCGACCAAGCUCAUCCCGCAAUCCAUGCUGUACUAUGAGAACGGCGAGGUCGUUCUCCGUCACCACGAAGACAUGAUUGUGGAAGAAUGCGGAUGCCAUUAAACGGAGCACAAUCGCCCCCAGAAGAAAGCAAUACUAAACACUUAGAAAAAAGGACUUCAAAAAAGAGACCCCUUUUAUUAAUUAAGAACAUUACACGAAGGUUGCCUCAAACGAACUCCAAGUGACCUGUUAUAUUAUACUCGCGGUAUAAUAUUUAAACUCAGGAACUUUCCUACUUAUUUUACGGGAUCAACAGCCUUUUUUUGUAAUGAUAUAGGACUUCUUUAAAAAAAAAAAAGAUGAUUAUGUUGUGUGUAAAUUAGUUUUAUUAAUAAACGUGUAUAUUGUAAUCCAGAUGUGUUGCCUUGAAUGUAUAGCAUGUCAUAAAUUUAUAUUUUUGUAAAAAAAAUUAAAAGAAACUUGUAAAUAAUACGAACUUUAUAUGGUCUGUCAGCGGUCUAUU